AUGAUACCCGGCUAUUCCAAAUGGCACAUUGACGAGGCACGACAACACAUGAUCCACAGAGGGAAGGGUCAGUCUGUCCUCGAACAGCCCAUUUUCCAUAGCAGAAUUGAUGCAGCGAAAGUUGACCGCUUUCUUGAUUUUAUUUCACGCCCAGACCUUCUCCAGGAUGUGGCAUUUGGAACUAAAAAUCUGAAACUCCCCUCUGGCGAGCAUAUCAUCAUUCCAGCAGUAAUAAGAAUGCUGAUUCCCUCCUGUAUCAUUGAACAGUACGCUGCCUACUGCAAGAAAGAAGCAUUCGAGCCCGAUGGCAAAUGUUCACUUUUCAGAAUACUUGAUGUUUGUUCUGCUUCAAUGCAAAAGUCGCUUCAAGGCCUGGACAAUUUCACUGCAGCAGGUGCCCAGGCAUUUCAAAAUCUAGGGGGUGUGGUCCAUACACUUGAAGAAAAUGGGUCCAGACGUUAAUCAGGGGAGGCUAAGAUUAAGGCCUUCAAGGAGGCAAAGCGGUAUCUGAAAACUGACUUCAAGGUGCACAUUAGUCGUCAAGAAGACUGCAGAGACCACUGCACUGUGCAUGCUCUCAGUGAUCCCUCCGAGAGUUCCACUGAUUUCCAAGGAGAGUGCUACCACAAUCACGUAUACCACUGCAAAAGGUGUGAGGCUUUGGAAAGCGUGACUACAGAGAUAUUGCAGGAACUAGAGGAUUCUGAUGCGAGUGAAGAAAAGAAAGCAAGGGUGUUGUUCGAUUACAAAGAGAGUGUCCAGAACAUUAGCGCUUGGAAGGCACACCUUCUACAUUCUGUAAACCAAGAAGAGGUGGGGCAAGAUACUCUCGAUAACCUUAACCAAGAAAACUGUUUGAUUGUGAUGGACUGGGCCAUGAAAUUUCUACCGCAUCAUUACCGUGAACAGAUGAGCAAGUUUUUUGGAAAGCGGGGUAGAAGUUGGCAUGUAAGUGCUGUUAUAACCAAGUCAUUGACUGCUGAGAAAUUCCAAGCUUUGUGCAUCUGUUUAACUCGUGUACCCAGAAAAGCUUCGCUGUAG